GACCCCCACUUCCUAUGCCUAGGGGAAGGGCGGGGAGGAGCCCAGUGGAUACCGAGGGCACUGUGACCCCCAUGGGCAGUGGGGGAUCCUGCCGGCAAGGCUCGGCAUCUGCGCUGGAAUAUGAAAGGAAGCUGAGAUGGGAGGAGCUCAAGUUAAGGAGGCAAGAGCUGGCGGAGAAGGAGAAACAGUGUAAACAUGAGCAGGAGGAGAAGGAGAAAUGGCGUAAACAUGAGCUGGAGCUGGACCGGCUGAGGAGCAGUGGGGCCCCAGCUGCGGUGAGUGAGGGGGGACCCAUGCCUACAAAGAGCUCUGAUAAGCACUUGCUGCCCCGCCGUAAGGAGGGGGAGGACAUAGAUACCUUCCUGACAGCCUCUGAGAAUGCCUGCGAGCUGCACAGGGUUUGCUCUGCAGACAGGAUCACAGUUCUCACCCCCUUAUUGGACUCCACAGCCGUGGAGGUGUACAGCCGACUGAAAGGGGUGGAGGCAGGGGACUACGAACUGUUCAAACAGGCCCUGCUCCGCGAGUUUGGGCUGACUCCUGAGAUGUACUGGAAGAGGUUCCAGAGCCAGCGUAAAACCCAUGAGGUCACAUACCUACAACUGGUCAACCAGGCACAGGGGUAUGCCCGCGAGUGGACAGCUGGGGCCCAAACUAAAGAGGACCUGCUUGACCUAUUCUUACUGGAGCACCUGUACGAGCAGUGCCCGUCUGACCUGAGGCUGUGGUUGAUGGACCAGAAGCCAGAGAACCCGCAGCACGCGGGCCAGCUGGCUGACCAAUUUGUGGACAGUCGGGCAGGGGAUGGCAGGGAGGGGUCUCAAAGGAGCAGGCUUGCCUCAACGCAGGGAGUCACCAUGGGACCUCCCAGUGGGGGCCUGUGGAGAACCCCCCCAAAAGGGGAACAUACAGCGUCAGGUCCCUCCGACCCACUCAAGGGGACCCACGAGACAUGGGCUGCUAUCACUGUGGCCAACGAGGCCACAUACGGGCCCAGUGCCCAAGCUCAGGGACAGACCAAGCAGACCCAACCUGCAGAGGGUUGACUGGGUAAAAACCCAAUCGGAGGAGGGGCUACAUUCCCAGGGAAGGGGGGCUGGCAACAUACCACCUGUGGAUGCUCCAGGCUCUGGGUUUUUGGUUUACCGGGUGGGCGUGGGGCUGCCCCUCUGGACAGAGUGCCUUGUUUCCCUGGAGGUAGAUGGGAAGGAGGUCACUGGGCA